GCGGUUACUGCGACGAAGAGCGACCGCAAGAAAAGUGCUGAAAAAUAGAAAAUAAAGUGAAGACAUGAGGAGAGUUGACAUUAAACACACUGCGACCGAAUCCAACGGGUGAUCAGUGAUGAAAAGCGCCCGAAAGGACAUAAAUAAGAGCGGGAAUAGGAAAGUUUAUACUCGUCUGAGGAGAGAGAGAGAGGUGCACGCGGAAGUUACGAGAGACUUUAACCACUAAAAUAAACUCCAACUAACACUACAAAUCAAGUCCUGUGAGUGUUCAGACAGUGAUUCACAUGUUAAAGUUAUCUCUCAAAUUAAGACUUUUAAUGAAGAGGAAUAACUUUUAAGUUCACAGCUGAUGCAGAUGUUUAAUAACUAAAGAUCAUUUAGAUAUGACUGCAAAAAACAACCACAUUUACUCAGCUGUUUAAACGUUUUUGCACGUUUCGAAUCAAAAUCUUCUUGACGUGCCAGUUGGAACUGUCAAUUGAAUAAUGAUGAUAAUUUUAUGCACAUCAGGAUAUCCGAAUCGAUUAUUAACGUCACUGCUGUGUCAGUAGUUCAUGUGCAUAUGAAUAUUAAUCAAUACAGACGUCACUAUGAAUGACAGCUCAUCAACACUAGCUGACUCAGAUCAGGUCAGAUGGGUGUUGCCAUGAGGGUGAUUGUGCCUUCAUCAUCCUCCUUCUCCUUAAUUAUAAUUAUAUUCUUCAGAUUCAGUAAUAUGGGCUAGGCCGCUGAGAGAUGGAUACUAGUCUGACAUUCACAGUAAAUUAAUGCAUUUUAUCAUUACGUUUGAUUAAAUGAAUAUUCACCCCAUAGUGCUGUGAAAAUCUGCUUAAAAUCUGUAACUGUCCAGUAAUUGUCAGAAAUAGACUUCCACACUCAUUCAGCAGUCAAUGCAUGAGACUGACAAGGGGAUCUGUUGUGGACGUGGAUCGUGUCCCAUCACUGGACCGUCCUUUGUGACACUGAAGGAGGACACGUUCACUGAGGACCUUCCCACCUCUCCCGCUCUCAGACUGAGUCCGGCACUCAUGCCCUUAUGGGGCAGCAGCCGGGGAAGUUUGCCGGGGACCAGAGGAGACCGAGUCUGCCAGUGCUGCCCUUCAUCAAGGGUGCCGUGAAGAGAGAGACUACACGGCAGGGAGCCCAACACUGUAAUGUGUUCACCGUUCAUGAAGCUUUGCAGCGGCCGGAUUUCGAGCCGUCUGGUCUUUCUGAAGCCGCACGCUGGAACUCCAAAGAGAAUCUGCUGUCAGGACCCAGUGAAAAUGACCCCAACCUGUUCGUAGCACUCUAUGACUUUGUGGCGAGUGGUGACAACACACUGAGCAUCACCAAAGGGGAAAAGCUGAGAGUUCUGGGAUAUAAUCAUAAUGGAGAGUGGUGUGAAGCGCAGACGAAGAAUGGACAGGGCUGGGUGCCCAGCAACUACAUCACACCCGUCAACAGCCUGGAGAAGCACAGCUGGUAUCACGGACCUGUGUCGCGUAACGCCGCAGAAUACCUGCUGAGCAGUGGCAUCAAUGGCAGCUUCUUGGUGAGGGAGAGCGAGAGCAGUCCGGGACAGCGUUCCAUAUCGCUGCGCUACGAGGGCCGAGUCUACCACUACCGCAUCAACACUGCCUCGGAUGGCAAGCUGUAUGUGUCGUCUGAGAGCCGCUUCAAUACGCUGGCGGAGCUGGUUCAUCAUCAUUCCACCGUAGCAGAUGGCCUGAUCACCACAUUGCAUUACCCAGCACCCAAACGCAACAAGCCCACCAUCUACGGCGUCUCGCCCAACUAUGACAAGUGGGAGAUGGAGCGGACUGAUAUCACCAUGAAACACAAACUGGGUGGAGGGCAGUACGGCGAGGUGUACGAGGGCGUGUGGAAGAAAUACAGCCUGACUGUGGCUGUGAAAACACUAAAGGAAGACACGAUGGAAGUGGAGGAGUUUUUAAAAGAAGCUGCAGUCAUGAAAGAGAUUAAACACCCAAAUCUGGUGCAGCUGUUAGGUGUCUGCACACGAGAACCUCCCUUUUAUAUCAUCACAGAGUUCAUGACCCAUGGAAACCUGCUGGAUUACCUGCGUGAAUGUAAUCGUGAGGAAGUCAACGCUGUGGUGCUGCUGUAUAUGGCCACACAGAUCUCCUCUGCGAUGGAGUACCUGGAGAAGAAGAACUUCAUCCACAGGGAUCUAGCUGCCCGAAACUGCUUAGUUGGGGAAAACCACUUGGUUAAAGUGGCAGAUUUUGGACUGAGUCGCCUGAUGACGGGAGACACUUACACAGCUCAUGCAGGAGCCAAGUUUCCCAUUAAAUGGACUGCACCAGAGAGUCUGGCCUAUAACAAGUUCUCUAUAAAGUCAGAUGUGUGGGCAUUUGGGGUCCUGCUUUGGGAGAUUGCCACCUAUGGGAUGUCUCCAUAUCCUGGAAUUGACUUGUCCCAAGUGUACGAGCUACUAGAGAAAGAUUACCGCAUGGACAGACCUGAGGGAUGCCCAGAGAAAGUCUAUGAGCUCAUGAGGGCCUGUUGGAGAUGGAACCCUGCAGAGCGUCCUUCUUUUGCCGAAACCCACCAAGCGUUUGAGACCAUGUUUCAAGAAUCCAGUAUCUCUGAUGAGGUGGAGAAAGAGUUGGGGAAGAAAGGUAAGAAGCUGACAUUAGGCUCGAUACAGCAGGCACCAGAACUUCCCACCAAGACAAGGACACUGCGAAGGCAUAUGGACAGUAAGGAUGGGGACAGUCCUGGUAAGCCCUACUUUUUCUAUAUUCACAAUCAUAUUCAUACUGAAGAAAUGUUUCUGGUAAUAUAUAUUGAUGGAUUUGUACCAUCUGCAGAUUCAGCAGAGACUGAAGUUGCUGGGCCUCCGAUGCUCCCAAGGCCACUUCUUGAUACCAAUUUGAAUGAAGAUGACCGGCUCCUAGCUAAAGAUAAAUUCAGAAUUAAUCCCUUCAGCUACAUCAAGAAAAAGAAGAGAACUGCUCCUGCUCCUCCAAAACGUAGCAGCUCCUUUGGAAAGAUGGAUGGCCAUCUUGAUCAUAGAGGAUUGGGACAUGAUUUUAGAGAUGAGUUCAAUAAUGGGACUUCCACCAAUGAUGCCAUUCACAGUAUUGACACUUCAAAAUUGGUUGGUUCUAAUAAUACCACAGCUGUCGGAGUCAACAAUGGAGCCCUAGUAUAUCCUGGUCAGCUCUUCCCUCCUCUUUCACGGAGAAAGGGCACACCUACAACAACAGGUGGAGGAGGGAAACUUGCCACCACUCUUCCAGUGGAGGAAGAUCCUAUCUCAAACUCCAAGCGCUUCCUGAGGUCUUCUUCAGCAUCCAGCAUGCCCCCAGGGUCCGACCGUAAAGACUGGAAGUCGGUCACCCUUCCUCGUGACAUUCAGUCAUCUCAUUUUGACUCUGGUACCUUUGAACGAAAGCCAGCUCUGCCCCGCAAGAAAGGGGAUUGUAUCCCUCAUGGUGGUACCCUUACCCCACCACCACGCCUUCCCAAGAAAAUCGAGGAUACCUCCGAUGAGGUUUUAAAGAAUGCAGAAUCCAGUCCUGGAUCAAGUCCUUUGACCCUGACCCCAAAGAUAGGCCGUCAGCUACAGUUGGAAUGCUCCAAAACGAGUGCCUUGCAGGCUGAGCUGCUCAAGCCCAGUGUGUUUCCACCUCUAGGAGCAGCUGGGGAUGAAUGCAGACAUCGUAGACACAAAAUCUCUUCUGAUGUCCCUGUACAAAGAGAAAGAGACAAGGGAAAGUUUGCAAAACCUAAACCUGUUCCUCCUCCACCACCUGUCUCAAGCGCCAAAUCUGGAAAGACUUCAAGGAGUCUCACUCAUGAUGUUUCUUCAGAUGGUAAAGUCAAAGGCUCCUCUAACCCAAGUCCUCCAAGCUCUGGCUCCACAGAACAAGGCAGGGGUACUCUUUCCCAGGAGAGUGCCAAAAAGCUGCAAAAAAACACCUCAAAAUUACAGCCUCCAAAGACGUCGUCUACAUCACUAACCAGUCAGCCACUAGGUAUGGGAACAGGUUUGGCUCACCGUUUGUUACGGAAAACUCAACAGCCGUCCGAGAGACAUUCCAACUCUGCCAUCACACGCGAGAUGGUCUUGGAGAGCACAGAACUUCUGCGGGCCGCUAUUGGCAGAAUUUCAGAACAGACCGGUAGCCACAGUGCAGUCUUGGAGGCUGGCAAGAACCUGUCUAAGUAUUGCGCGAGCUAUGUCGAGUCCAUCCAGCAGAUGCGGAACAGGUUUGCUUUCCGUGAAGCCAUCAAUAAGUUGGAAAGCAGCCUUCGAGAGCUACAGAUCUGCCCCACUGCCACUGGAGGAGCCAGUGCACAACAUGACUUUUCAAAGCUGCUUUCCUCCGUUAAGGAGAUCAGUGACAUUGUUCAGAGGUAGUGGAGAAGAUCUUCACCAGAUUUCUUGAUGCGAUAGAAAAAUGUCUUUCAUGGAACAGAAAUCCAUAUGUCUGGGGCUUCUCUGAAUUGGCUGUGGCAUAAUGUACACUUCAGUUUAAUAAACCCACCUCGCCUUUUCUCACGGCAAAUACGGGAACAUUCACAAAUGUGUCUUAUUACUGUGCACAGAAUCAGAGUUCUCUGUUCCACAAGAGUCUGUUUGCCCAUCUUAUGGUAGCCCAGGUCCAGGUAGCCAAGUCUUAGUUACUUGAUUUUUUUCAGACUGAGAGAGAAGUCGACUCUCUCAGUUUAUUCCAUAACUUGACUUUCUUCUCUGCUUUCUCAUAGUAUUAGCAGAAUUAGUUUCACAGCAUUACAGGUGAAUGACAGGAAUGACUUAUCUCACAUUUUCAAAAUCCAACAUUUUUAGGGAUCAAAUAUAUAUAUAUAUAACAAAAGAAACUGUUGAUUCGUCAAACUGCCUUAGCUGUUUUUGCUUUCUUGUCAUUGCAAUUGUUGAAGAAAAGGGCUUUGUCGUGUGAUGUGAAUGGUCCCUGUGAUAUGAGGAACUAUAGUUUCAUUUUGAAACUGACUGAUUAUGUAUUGUAGAAUUGCAACACUGUGCCAUGAAUGACAUUUCACAAAUGGAGUUGUAAAGUCUGUACAGUUGUUCCAUCCCUUACUGGCCCAUUACGGGCAUUUUAAACUAGUGUUCCUUCAGCACAAUCACUAUAUAAAUGCCUUACCAAAACUACAUAGUGGCCUUAAAGGGACUUGCUGAACAUUAUGAAUCAUAUUUAUCAGAGAAUAUAACACUACUGUCUCAAGAAGCUGGAGAAAGACUUGGAAGCGAGAAUCGGAACUUAAGGAGCAAUGUUCAGUUUAUGUUUCGUUUUGUCAUUUCCUCUUUAAUUUACCACUUAAUGUCAUUUGCGAGUAUCCCGCACACCACUGACUGAACUCUGAAAAGAAUCACGGGGAGCGCCUCAGUGAACGUAAUAGUGUUUUCAAAUGACAGCGCUAACCAAAUGGCGUCUCCUAAAAGAGAUGAUCGCCAUUAAGGAUGUGGGAGUUAUACACUUAACCAACAAGCUGAUAAUUCAAUGAUUAUGUUGCUAAAAGUUUCCUAUAUUGUUUUACUUGUGUAAUGUAGAUAAUGCAGUUUUUUUUUUUCAGUAUUAGUUUAACACUUUGCCCUCUGACUGCGACACCUGAGGAUGAAGCCAACCACAAGCUGCCUUUAAUUCAACAUGAUACUACCAAUGUUGACAUUUUAUGUUUUGUCUCCUAAAAAUCAUGCCACUAAUUUUUUAUUUGUAUCAUGCCUCAUUCUUCUGUAGACUAAUUGCUAAUCUUUGUAAAUACACGUGACUUGUUUUCUCUUUUCAGUUGAUUCUUCCUGUAACCAUGGUGCCAUUUGUGUUGCUUCAAAUACAAAGCAAAUUUUCUACUUGAACAAUGAUAAGAGUUUGUGUUUCUGUCAGCAUGCUUACAUUUCUGUGUGCCUAUUCUGACAAUUCAGCAGCUUUAUCUUGGCAGUUGAGCAUUUGACACUCCAAGAAUAGGGU